AUGCCAAAUAAAUACCAAAGAAAAGCAUGCAGCUCACGAGGGAACUGGAGUGAAGAGUCACUUAAGGCGGCCAUGGAUGCUGUUAAAAAAGGUGAAAUGACUAUCUACGCAGCUUCAAUAUCCUAUCAAGUACCAAGGAAGACCCUCGAAAGGCGAUACAAGAAAAAUAAUGACAAAAAAGGACCAAUGGGACCAUCCUCUAUAUUCGGCGAAAAAAAUGAGAAGAAACUCGCUAACCAUAUUAAAACUAUGCAAAAAAAUGGUUUCCCAUUGACUAUUGAUGACGUCAGAAAGAUUGCGUACCAGUUCGCGGAGCAAUUGAAUUUGAAUCACAGAUUUAAUAGAGAAACUGAGAAAGCAGGAUAUGACUGGUUGCAAGGUUUUUUACGAAGAAACCACGAUAUUACAUUAAGAAAGUCAGAAGGAGUAUCUUUAGCUAGAUCAACUGCUAUGAAUAAACUGGAGGUUGACGCUUACUUUGAGCUUCUUGAAAGCAUAUUGACAGUAGACGAUGGUGUGUUGAAACCGAGUUGUAUCUUCAACAUGGACGAGACUGGUCUUCAGCUUAAUAAUCGACCAGGGCAUGUUCUAGCUGAAAAGGGUUCUAAGGCUGUAUCUACAGUUACUUCGACUGAAAAGGGAGAAACGAUUACAGUUAUAGCCUGCUGCAAUGCUGAAGGUACAUUUUUACCACCUGCCUGUAUCAUGAAAGGCAAAAACAAAAAACCUGAGUUUGAGGAUGGGAUGCCACCGGGAUCGAAACUUUUCAUGUCCCCAAAAUCAGCGUACAUUACCUCAGAUUUAUUUAUUGAAUGGUUGAAAACACAUUUUGUUCCGAGGAAACCAGCCGGAAGAGUACUUCUUUUACUAGAUGGUCAUUCAACUCACUGUAAUUCUGUGGAAAUGCUGGAAUAUGCAAAUGACAAUGACAUCAACUUACUUUCAAUGCCAAGCCACACGUCUCACUACCUCCAACCACUAGAUCGUACGGUCUUUAAAUCACUGAAGACUCAUUUUUACGAGCAGUGUCGACUUUGGCUAAAACAAAAUACUGGUCGUCGUAUAACACGAUUAUCAUUUGGAAGAUUGCUUAAUAAGGCGUGGGGAAAGGCAGCUUCUGCAGAGAAUGCAAUUGCGGGUUUUAAAGCUACAGGUGUCCACCCCUUCAAUCCAUCUGCAAUUCCCGACUACGCGUUUACCCAAGAAUUGACAAAGCAAAUGUCUAAAUCUCAAAAUGAGUGUACAGCCACAGUUAUCGUCGAGGAGCAAGAAGAAAAUACUAGUAACAUAGCUUCUGCUAAUCUGGAACCAGUUCCAAAUACUUUCGAAGUACGACAAGAUAUAUCACCUGCAAUCGCUGAGCCAAAUAGCUCUGUUGAGCGAAUAGUUUUAAAAAAAGUCCUGAGAUGA